AUGGAAGACGGUCGGAAGGUCAACAUCAUGGAAGAAGGUCGGGUCUUGGUAACACCAGGACUCCAUCUAGGCGAAGUGGUGCUUGUACACGGGCGCUAUUAUGAUACUGCCUGUGAACUCCAGUUCCACGAUAUCAUCGAUCGUUUCGACAAAUUCAUUGAGAGCGCCUGCGUAAAACUAUCUCUGGACAAAGAGGAUAUUUUGUCGCAGAUUUUCAAGGCUCUAUCUGAGCAGUUGAUACUGGAUCGUAUGACAACGAGCCAGAUCGAACAGACAUACGACGACUGCCUGUAUCACUCAUCACUCGUGCACAGUCAAAGCAGGACAUUAUCAAGCGACAAGAAGGUCAUCUUAUCCAGGGAGAUUGCGGAGCUUUCGUGGACAGUCACUUCGCAGGGGAUUAUCUCUGGCCUGCAUCUGGCCAAGAGGAGUUUGUAG